AUGCCGAAGCCGACGCUGCUGCUGCGCGGGGGCUGGGAGCGUGAGCGCAGCCCCGGGGACUCGGAGCUGGGCCGCCAGUUCCGGGACUGGUGCCUGCGCACCUACGGCGACUCGGCCAAAACCAAGACAGUGACACGCAGCAAAUACCAGCGGAUAGCCGAGGUCCUGCAGGGCGGCGGCGGGACCGGCGCGGGCAGCGGCCCGGCGGCCGGCGAGAAAGGCAAGUUCCAGUUCUGGGUGCGCUCCAAGGGCUUCCGCCUGGGCAGCGGCCGGGAACCCAAGAUGGGCCAAGUGGUGUAUGUGCCGGUCAAGACGGGCUCGGGGGCAGAUGGCCUGUCGGAGCCCGAGGGCAUCUCUCUGAAGCGGGUUGCUGUGGUGGAAGAUUUCUUUGACAUCAUCUACUCGAUGCACGUGGAGAGCUCCGCAGAGCCAGGCAAAGCCCCCAAGCACGCUGGGCAGAAGAAAACCUACCGAGCGAUCGCGGAGACCUACGCCUUCCUCCCCAGAGAGGCUGUGACUCGGUUCCUCAUGAGCUGCACGGAAUGUCAGAAGAGGAUGCACUUUAACUCCAGCGGCCCGGAGCCCAAAGAGAACGAGCCUCCAUCCCCUCUGGUGUCUGGCAUUAUUGACUACAACAUGCCCCUCACCUCCACCUACUUGAAGCAGAUGAAGCUGCGAGUGAUGAACUCUCAGGAGCAGGAUGAAACCUCUGUGAGCAGUGAGGAUUUUGAUAUGAAUGACUCCACAUGGAUGUCAGCUGACCCCCACCUGGCCUCCAGCCUGAGCCCCAGCCAGGAGGAGAGGAUGCGGAGCCCGCAGAACCUCCAUAGCCAAGAGGACGACGACUCCUCCUCUGAGAGCGGCAGCGGCAAUGGCUCUUCUACCCUGAACCCAUCCACUUCGAGCAGCACACAGGGUGAUCCUGCCUUCCCUGAGAUGAAUGGCAACGGUACUGCAGCCCCCAUGGACUUCACUGCCACUGCUGAGGAUCAGCCGAUCAACUUGUGUGAUAAGCUCCCACCAGGCACAGCGCUGGGCACACCGUCCUACCCCUCAGAUGGCUGCGGCACUGACGGGCUGCGGAGCCGUGUCAAGUAUGGGGUAAAGAGCACUCCUGAGUCUCCCCCCUACAGCUCUGGGAGCUACGAUUCCAUCAAGACUGAGGUCAGUGGCUGUCCUGAGGACCUGACAGUGGGCCGGGCCCCCACAGCAGAUGAUGACGAUGAUGAUCAUGAUGACCAUGAGGACAAUGACAAGAUGAAUGACUCAGAGGGCAUGGACCCUGAGCGGCUCAAGGCCUUCAAUAUGUUUGUGCGGCUGUUUGUGGAUGAGAACCUGGACCGCAUGGUGCCCAUCUCCAAGCAGCCCAAGGAGAAGAUCCAGGCCAUCAUUGAGUCAUGCAGCCGGCAGUUCCCCGAGUUCCAGGAGCGGGCCCGCAAGCGCAUUCGCACAUACCUCAAGUCCUGUCGUCGCAUGAAGAAGAAUGGCAUGGAGAUGACCAGACCCACUCCUCCCCACCUGACCUCAGCCAUGGCAGAAAACAUCCUAGCAGCUGCCUGCGAGAGUGAGACGAGAAAAGCAGCUAAAAGGAUGCGCCUGGAGAUCUACCAGUCCUCACAAGACGAACCCAUAGCCCUGGAUAAGCAACACUCUCGGGACUCCACAGCCAUCACCCACUCCACCUACUCACUGCCAGCCUCUGCCUACUCUCAGGACCCUGUGUACGUCAAUGGUGGCCUCAACUACAGCUACCGUAGCUAUGGGUCCUUGAGCAGCAACCUGCAGCCCUCUGCUUCCCUCCAGACAGGAAAUCACAGUAAUGGGCCCACGGACCUCAGCAUGAAAGGUGGGGCCUCUACACCCACUCCUCCCACACCUACCCCUUCCAGCAACAGCACCAGCAGGACCAUGCCCACGGCUCAGCUCAGCCCCACAGAGAUCAGCGCUGUGCGGCAGCUCAUUGCCGGCUACCGAGAGUCUGCAGCCUUCCUGCUGCGUUCUGCGGAUGAACUGGAAAACCUCAUUUUACAGCAGAACUGACCCCGCUGGCCCCCAGAAUGCACGACACCAGGGAAGGAGGCUGUCCCAGCUUGGACCCAGCUUCCUGCCUCACCAGUUGGUACAUUGUUUUCUGAGGUGGGAUCCAAAAGAGCUGUUUCUAGCCACAGUCCGAGCAUCUGAGACUUUGGGCACAAGGACACUUUUUUUUUCCUUUUCCUUUUUUUUUUUUUUUCUU